AUGCUCGAAGAUCCAUCAUACUCCUCGGUAGUGCGCUGGGGGGAUGAUGGCGAUAGCUUCGUGGUCCUCGAGAACGAAAAGUUCACCAAGUCAAUACUGCCGAAACACUUCAAGCACUCGAAUUUCGCUAGUUUCGUGCGGCAGCUGAACAAAUAUGACUUCCACAAGGUGCGACAAAAUAAUGAGGAGGGGGGAACAUCUAUGUAUGGCGCAAACGCCUGGGAGUUCAAGCACCCGGAGUUUCGGCAGCACAGCAAGGACAGUCUCGAUAACAUCCGACGCAAAGCACCAGCGCCUCGUAAGCCGUCAAGUCUAAACGAUGAACAGAUCCCGAUUCAACAGAUUGAUCUCAUGAACCAACAGAUCGUGGCCCAAGCCCAACAAAUAGAGUCCUUGGUCGCGACCACCAACCAGCUGCAGAUGAACCAUCAGAUGAUGGUACAGGAAAUCCUCCGACUACAAAAGACAGUGCUCAAUCAUGACCGAGCCAUGCAAGAUGUCAUGACAUACUUGAACUCCGUCGAUGCGAAGCAGCGAAGGGAUAGCAAAGCACUGUUCGCCCCACCAGGCGAGGCCGCACAGACGAACACGACGCUGACGCCGACAAGCCAGACGAUGCCCCCACAAGAUGAUGAUGUCCCGGCGUCGCCUCUACAGCAUGCUCAAAAGUUGUUGGGCGAUAUCAAUGCUGACGGCCAAUUCAACAUCACAGCCCUCGAACAGAUGAACACAAGCAUCGCAACUCCGCCGGUAGGACAGGAUCCUCGAGGUGGACUAUUCCGUGGGCCCAAUUCUGCCGCAUCGAGUGGCACAAUGACCUAUGCGAAGAUGAACCCCGCUGAACUCGAGACGGUGGUGUAUCCGAUGGGAACAACAAAUGGUAUUGAUCCCAUGUCCAGCGAGUACAUCCACAACAUUCCGUACCCAAUGCCAUCACGAGAUGGAGCCGAUCCUCGGACACAGUUUGCCGACACUCGGAAGAAAAGCGGUUUGUCAGACCCGGGCUGGAGUCGGCCGCCUCGAAUACUUCUGGUCGAGGACGACCCGACUUGUCGACAGAUUGGCGGCAAAUUCCUGUACUCAUUCGCCUGCGUGGUAGAUUCGGCGCUUGACGGGCUGGAAGCUGUCAGCAAGAUACAGGAAGGCAACAAAUACGACAUGAUCUUGAUGGACAUUAUCAUGCCCAACCUGGACGGCGUGUCGGCCUGCCACAUCAUCCGCCAGUGUGACCGCACGCCGAUCGUUGCGAUGACCUCGAAUAUCCGGUCCGACGACAUUCAGAUGUAUUUCCAUCACGGUAUGGACGAUGUUUUGCCUAAGCCAUUUACGCGGAAAUCAUUGCUUGAUAUGUUGGAGAAGCACCUGAUGCAUCUGAAGAAGCUGCCACAGGGUAUGGAACAGCAGCCCUUGUCGGCAACGACUGCACCAUCCGGAGCUGCUUCGUCGACAGCGCACUCCGUCCGGGACGACAUGUCAGCAGGCGCUUCCCCGGCUGGCUCGAGUGGGACGUGGAAUUCACCCAGUCAAUAUUCCGGCGUUUCACCCGUGAACCCAAACAUGCACUAUCCUGGCAUAUCCUCACAGCAACAGUAUGUGGAUGCAAAUGGGAACGCAUAUCAAGCCGGGCCACAGACGCCCGUGGGAAUGCGGGGACCAAGCAUGAUGGCGCAACAGCAACAACCGACACAUCGACGAGGUCAGUCCGAAAUGUCUGGAGCAGCGGAUAUGGGAAGUGCGACCAAACGCCAGAGAAUAUAUCCACCACAGCAACAGCCGAUGGCGGCGCCAAUGCGGCAAUAA